AAUCAAAGUAAGAAAAGGAAUUCCACUUCUCUACUCGCCGCCCAGACGCCAUGUCCUCCCCCUCGCCCAACUCCACCCCUGCCGCUCCGCCUCCGGCCACUCCCGCAGCGCCGCCCCCGGCCACCCCUGCCUCUCCGCCUCCAGCCACUCCCGCCGCUCCGCCUCCUUCCACUCCUACCGCACCGCCUCCAUCCACCCCCGCCGCUCCGCCUCCAGCCAAUCCCUCGGCGCCGCCCCCGGCCACCCCUUCCGCUCCGCCUCCAGCCACUCCCGCCGCUCCGCCUCCAGCCACUCCCGCCGCUCCGCCUCCAGCCACUCCCGCUGUUCCGCCUCCAGCCACACCCGCCGCCCCGCCUCCAACCACUCCAGCUUCCCCGCCUGCCGCCGUCCCACUUCCUGCCUCCCCUCCUCCACCCGCCACCCCGCCCUCCCCCUCCCUCCCUUCCCCGACUCCUCCCUCGACCUCGCCGCCUCCCCCGCCGACCAACCCAUCCGCUUCGCCGCCGCCCCCAUCUCCACCCUCUUCGCAUUCUCCACCGCAGCCUAAAGUGCCGUCUCCACCGCCUCCCUCUUCGCCUUCGUCGACUCGGACAGGCUCUAGCUCGAUCUCGACCUCGGUUGUCAUCGGUGUCGCGGUUGGUGGGGUUGUGAUCGUCUUGCUGCUCAGCUUCGUAUGCGUUUUUUGUUGGAGAAAGAAGCGCAGGGCGCCGCCGUCGACGGCCCAUUACUAUGGAGCUCCACCGCCGCCUCCAAUGGCAGGGAAAGGUGACAUCUAUGGUGAAUAUUGGCAACAGAAUGCGCCUCCAGCAGAUCAUGUUGUAAAGCUUCCUCCUGGACCACUACCUCCUCCUCCAUAUGCUUCCCGUCCACCUCACUCUCCAAGCCAUUUGCCACCUCCACCCCCGCCUCCACCGCCUAUGAUAAAUAGCAGCGGAGGUUCUGUGUCUAAUCUUUCUGCUUCUGAGAGUCCACUACCUCCACCAUCUCCAGGAGUUGCCCUUGGAUUCUCCAAAAGCACUUUUACUUAUGAGGAAUUGUCUAUAGCGACAAAUGGUUUUUCAGAUGCAAAUCUCCUGGGACAAGGUGGUUUUGGUUUCGUACAUAGAGGAGUUCUUCCAGACGGCAAAGAAGUUGCAGUAAAACAAUUGAAAAUAGGAAGUGGCCAGGGUGAACGUGAGUUCCAGGCAGAGAUUGAGAUCAUCAGCCGUGUGCAUCACAAGCAUCUUGUUUCAUUAGUUGGAUACUGCAUUGCAGGAGGCAAGAGGCUGCUUGUCUAUGAAUAUGUUCCUAAUAAUACAUUGGAGUUCCACUUGCACGGGAGAGGCAGACCAACCAUGGAAUGGUCCACACGAUUAAAAAUUGCUUUGGGUUCUGCCAAGGGAUUGGCAUAUCUUCAUGAAGACUGCCACCCGAAGAUUAUUCACCGUGAUAUUAAGGCAUCCAAUAUUCUUCUCGAUUACAAGUUUGUGGCAAAGGUUGCGGAUUUUGGGCUUGCUAAGUUUGCUUCUGAUAAUAAUACCCAUGUUUCCACAAGAGUCAUGGGGACCUUUGGUUAUCUGGCACCUGAAUAUGCAUCUUCAGGCAAGCUGACAGAUAAAUCAGAUGUGUUCUCAUUUGGUGUAAUGCUUCUAGAGCUAAUCACUGGACGGCGCCCUGUUGAUACAUCCCAAACUUACACGGAUGAUAGCUUGGUUGACUGGGCAAGGCCAUUGCUUACUCGAGCUCUUGAAGAUAGCAAAUACGACGGUGCUCUUGUUGAUCCUCGGUUGGGAAUGGACUAUAACCCUAAUGAGAUGGCCUGCAUGAUUGCCUGUGCUGCUGCAUGCGUGCGCCAUUCAGCACGUCGACGGCCAAGAAUGAGUCAGAUUGUCCGUGCUUUAGAAGGUGAUGCAUCUCUCGAUGACUUAAACAACGGUGUCAAACCUGGUCACAGCAGGUUUUACAGUUCCCAUGACAGCAGCUCUGAUUACGAUUCCAAUCAGUACAAUGAGGAUAUGAAGAAGUUCAGAAGAAUGGCAGUCACAACUGAAGAAUUUGCUAGCAGCGAGUACAGUGCACCGACUGGUGAAUAUGGACAGGUUCAAUCGGCUUCGAGCAGUGAAGGUCAACAAACUCAAGAGAUAGAAUUGAGAAAUAAGAAAGACAAGUAUGACUAUGGUUUUGGCAGCAAUUUGUGAGAAGCGCCUAUAUCUAUUCAAUUGUAAAGCCCAGCCUUGUUCCACGGCUAGGAAAACCAAAUUCAUCUGAUACAAAACAAUAACAAUAUUUUCAUAGGUGUUUGUUUCGUUGAUUCCAAUAAUGAUGAAUAGCUUACUGAUUCUUUUGUGAUGUCUACGUUUUUACUGAUUAAAUACUGAAAUGAAAUAUAUUUCUUCGACAGUUGAUUUA